AUGAACGCCACAGGCGUCGACGAGUACGCGGCAUUCCGCGACCUGAUGCGUCUCGUCGUGCAGCGGAUCGCCAUACCGAUCGUCAUGACGGUCGGCGUCGUCGGCAACUCGCUGUCGUUCGUUGUGCUGACGCAGAAGCGCAUGCGCUCGUCGACCAACUGCUACCUGGCGGCGCUCGCCUGCUUCGACACGCUCUACCUCAUCUUCAACUUCUCGAUGAGUCUCGUGCACGCGCCGGGCGUCGCCGAACGCAAGUCCUACGUCAACUACAUGCCCUGGGGCUUCCCGCUCGCCGACCUGUGCAGUAAUACGUCCGUCUGGCUCGUCGUCACCUUUACCGUAGAGCGCUACGUCGCCGUGUGUCAUCCGCUGCGCGGUCGGCCGUUCUGCACCGUACAGCGCGCGAAGGUCGCCAUCGCGUGCGUGUUCACGCUCGCUUUUCUCGCUGUCUUUCCGACGUUUCUCGAGUGGAAGAGCGGCUGGCUGAAGGACGGCAACGAGACGAUCUACUGGAUCUACGAGAACGAGCUGGUGAACAGCGAGCGCUAUCGCAGCGUCUACUACUGGUUCACGGCGUUCAUGUUCAGUUUCAUACCGAUCGUGUCGCUCAUCAUCUUCAACGGCUUCCUCAUCCAGUCCGUGCAUCGGUCGCGUCAUCAGCGCUGCGUCAUGACGCAGCAGAAGCGCGGCGGUGACGCGAGCUUGCAGGAGACGAAGAUCACGAUCAUGCUCAUCAUCGUCGUCGUCGUCUUCCUGAUCUGUCAGCUGCCGUCGGCCGUUCUGCUCAUCGUCAGCAAGGAGAUCCCUGAGCGGUCGCCAAAGGAGAAUCUCGUCAUCGGCUUCAACAACAUCAGUAACCUGCUGAUGGCGAUCAACGCCACGUGUAACUUUUUCCUCUACUGUUUCCUCAGCGACCGCUUCCGCCGGACGUUCGUAAAGAUCUUCUGCCCCUGGUGUUCGCGAGCGGCGUCGCCGUCGCAGUCGUCACUGGCGACGAGCCAGUGCGUCACCUACGCGACGAGUGUGGGACACAACGAGAAGACCGCGUUGGCAGUCAGCUGCAACAACAAGGUCAUGUACGUGAAUAAGCACAAUUCGCCGAAUAAGAACGCUAACAGUAGCGAGUCUUCUCCGAAGAAAGACCCAACGAAGCCUUAUUAUAAUCGGAGUAACUAUUAUACGCUGCAGAUGGAUGCUACCAAUUCCAGUAGUAUCGAGGGAGAGUGCGUUUGA